AUGGAGCAGCCUCGCCCCAUGAUGCCAUCCCCCGUCUACGGGUACGAGCACCCGGGCAGCAACACCAACACAUCCUCCCACGGCAGCCAUGGCAGGAGGCCACAGCACAGCCUGUCCCGUCAGCCCCUGAGGGACACCACGGGCAACGCCCAGCACAUCACCAACGGCCUCGGAUCCCUCUCACAAGCAGCCGCACCGCCGUCCUGUCGCCCGGUGCCGACGCUGGGCCUCUUCUCGCCGUCGCUGCCGCCGUCCAUCCCCACCCCCGUCGUGCCCUCGCAGGCCGGCUCCAUCUUCCGCAAUGGCGGCAUGGGCAUGAAGACGCGCGCCGAGCACCUCCGCCUCGCGAGGCGGUCGAGGCAGGACAUCAACCCCAUCUACUUCACGCCCGAGUUCCGUCCCUACAGGGACAAGCAGGACCAGAAGGACCCCAAUGAGAAGCAGAUCUGGCCUCGCGUCCUGGAGGAUGCGUUCCUCGACUCACUCCUCAUCAUCCCUCACAUGGGCAGGAAAAAGUACAGCAUGCAAGGCAAGCAGUUUGGGCGCAACAUGCUCAUCAGCGAGUACCUCUGGAUUGCCUACUGCUGCAGCUUGCAGCCUGGACAGAAGACCGAGGAGCGCAAGCGCAAGCAGGUUUCCAGUCACAUUCAGGUUGUGAAGAAGAUCAUGACUAACACAGCCGCAGACCACUUCUUCUUCGUCAAGGAUGCUGACAAGAGCGAGGCUCGUCUGAAGGACAGCAACUCUGAGAUGGCCUCCUUCAAGGACAACCCAGUUCUCAUUGCUCUCUCCGAGGGUCGUCUGCCUGACGUUCGUCCUAACUACGAGUACUUCUCCCAGAUCCUUGCCAUGGACUCCAUGGUCGUCAUGCGCCCCAAGACGUGCUGGAUCUUUGUCUCCUCCCAGUGUGUCACCAUGGAUGAGAACACGGGUGAAGCCUUUGACAGUAACGGCAAGGCCCUCAACGCCGAUGCCUACCCUCACCUUGAGAAGAACCUCAACAAGGAGUCUGACAGCAGCCUGAACCGGGGUCUCAGCAGCGGCAGCGUUCUUCUCCAUGAGUACAAUCGCGAACUGGCGCAAAAGGAGGCCGCUGCGGCGACUGAGAUCGACCAGGAAUGGGAGACACGCUUCCCGUCUCUCCAUCGUAGCCUCGAAGCUGCCACUGCUGAGAACCGAUGGCUCGACAUGCUGGAGAUGACCGUCACUCUUGAGCUGCACCCUCGUAGCAACUUCCCCUCGGGCUCCGAACUCAACGGCUUUGUCGAAUUGAACAUUGCUCAGCCCCAGCUUCAGAACCACCGAUGGAAGUGCAUCACCAGGCUGCAGCGUCCCGAGGAGCUGUGCCGCGCUGGUGACGGCGAGCCUCUCAUCGUCGAGCAGACGAGCGAGGUCGGUGUGCAAUACACGCACCGCCCUGGUUGCAACGGUGCCGAUAGCUCCCGCGGUCCUGAGUGCGACUGCCGCACACGGACUCGUCAGGACGUCCGCGUCCCCUUCCCGGCUGCCGAGUGGGCGAGCAUUCUUAGCAAUUGCGCCACCUACCUCCAGGAGCCCAUCGACGCCAAGAUCAAGAGCGAGGGUCUCAGCAGUGAAGAGGUCAAGGCCGCCGAGCAGGCCGCGCUUGAGUCGGAGCGCACCACAUCGGAACUCAUCCAGCAGAUCGCCAUGUUCCAGGAGCUUUGGUCCGCACCCCCUGACGGCUCGGCCGACCGCCGUAAGUGGACGCGUCGCGGCGUGAUCCUGUGGAAGUUCCGCACCGUCCACGCCUUUGAUGACAAGUGGAACCCCAUCUACGAGAAGCCGACUAGCACCAGCAAGGGCCGCAAGCCUACUGACACUGACGGUGAAGAAACCUCGUCAUCGGGUCGCCGUUCCAACCGUGGCAAACGUGUGUACCAUCCUCCGGGAACAACAUGGCGUUUCCUCACGGCCCUGGACCCCAUCUCGCCGGCUCACCAGCAAAAUGUCUGCGUCAACCCUGGCAACAAUGCCAUUCCCAGCCGUGACAUGAUCAUGGCACCGACCCCUGGAUAUGCGCACCACUUGACGGCAACCAUGAGCGAGAACCUCAACGCGGCGUGGGACCCAACCCAUCUCCCUGGCCAGCUUCCCAGUCUGUCGUCCAGCGGUUCCAUGGGUUAUCUCGAGAGCAACUUCACUGGUCUUGCGACGCCUCCACCUACUGCAUCCCUCCAACCAUCAUAUGCUCCCAGCUUCGAUAGCAACCAUGACCACCAAUCAUCCCAGCAGACCUCGCAGCUUGACUUCCUCAAUGCGCCAUGCUCAUCCUCCAUUGAUAGCCAAAGCACACUCGUUGCGGAUAUGGGGCCUACCGGCGCCGACCCGUACCUUACGGCCACAGCGGGCAUCAACGUCACGACCAACAUCGGCGUCAGCGGUUACGAUGAUGCCGACUGCGCGACACUGCAGGCUUGGGACACAACGGCCUUCCAAGGCCUUGAUCAGUGGAACGGGUGGGAUUCUAACGCGGAAGCCAACAAGUCCGCGCCGGCACCGCAGUCUCAACAACAGCACUGGCAGGGCGAGAACCAACGCAGCGCUCGCGCUAAUUGGUCGAUCGACCCGAAUGGUAGCAAGGACAACAGCCAACUCUGGAAUCAACAGGGCUGGGCUCAAGCCGUGUCUGCGGCGGCUGCAGUCACGGGGGCCGAUGGCCGUACGGGAUGGUCCUCCGUCGACCAACGCGUGUUGCCUUCCCUGGAUCAGAUCAGCCCCCUUAAGAGCAUGGCAGGACGCAAGCGAGCGCGAUCUAAUAGUCUCGACAUGGAGAACCGCGAGAACUUCCCCGCGACGGCCAUUCAGAAGCUUGUACACCACGGCACGGGACCAGCGGGGUAUGAUGAUGGCAGUCACGCCCACCACCGUUGGGAGUAG